AUGUAGCCACUAUGUUUCAAAGAGAGACAUCCUACUCCACAUGAUUUAUCCUGCAGAGGGACAGAGCUAAAGACUUCACUGAGCAGGAUACAACCUCGGGAUAGAAUUCCCAUCGCUCUUUCUCUUCCUCUCACUGCACAUCUAGACUGUUAGUAACACUUCUGAUCAGGAGCAAUAUCCUCUAUAGAUCUGUAGUUUACACUGUACCGCCUAGAAGGAAGAAACUGAGCAAAGCGGAGCAAGUGGCUAAAGCCAUGUCAAAUGUCCUUGUCGACCAACUCCGAGAGAUGGACGCUACAAUGUCCGCACAGGAGGAUGCAAGGCUCGACAGGACAUACCUGUGCAAAGACAUUACCUGCUGUGUGCAGUGAAGUAAAGUGCUAGAGAUAGCAGGACCAUCAGUUCUGUCAGCAAGACAACCUUGAAACAAACAAGAAGUCAUCAUGGUGCCCUGCGGACCAGCAUUGUCCUUUGUUCGGUGUUUACUUCGCAGAAAGAUUGUUACCUUGGACAGUCUGGAAGAUUCCAAGCUAUGCCGCUGUCUUUCCACUGUAGAUCUGAUCGCUCUGGGAGUUGGGAGUACUCUUGGAGCUGGGGUCUAUGUUCUUGCUGGAGAAGUGGCUAAGUCAAACUCAGGACCUAGCAUAGUGAUUUCCUUCCUUAUUGCAGCAUUGGCGUCAGUAAUGGCAGGCCUCUGCUACGCAGAAUUUGGAGCCCGUGUGCCAAAGACUGGCUCAGCGUACCUGUACACAUAUGUCACAGUUGGUGAACUCUGGGCUUUUAUCACUGGCUGGAAUCUGAUCUUAUCAUAUGUCAUAGGCACUUCCAGCGUGGCGCGAGCAUGGAGCGGCACAUUCGAUGAACUGCUGGGGAAGCAGAUUGGUCACUUUUUUAGAACAUAUUUUAGGAUGAAUUCUACUGGAUUGGCGGAAUACCCUGAUUUCUUUGCAGUUUGUCUUAUACUGCUUUUGUCUGGCUUGUUGUCAUUCGGAGUGAAGGAGUCUGCCUGGGUGAACAAGGUGUUCACAGCAGUAAAUGUGCUUGUCCUCUUGUUUGUCAUGAUUGGUGGAUUUGUGAAAGGAGAUCCUCAAAACUGGAAGAUAACAGAGUCAUUUCUUCAGAAUAUCUCUGCUCCACCAGGCAACUUUGUGACAUACGAAAAUGUGACAAGUAAACACGGGGCUGGAGGCUUCAUGCCAUAUGGGAUGACUGGGAUGCUGGCUGGUGCUGCCACUUGUUUCUAUGCCUUCGUUGGAUUUGACUGCAUUGCAACAACCGGAGAGGAAGUCAGGAAUCCGCAACGAGCAAUACCCAUUGGAAUUGUCACCUCCUUGCUGGUGUGCUUUAUGGCCUACUUCGGAGUGUCAGCAGCCCUGACAUUAAUGAUGCCAUAUUACUUGUUAGAUGAGAAGAGCCCUCUUCCUGUUGCAUUUGAGUAUGUUGGCUGGGGUCCCGCUAAAUACGUUGUAGCCGUUGGGUCUCUCUGUGCUCUCUCAACCAGUCUGCUCGGAUCCAUUUUCCCAAUGCCUCGUGUAAUCUAUGCUAUGGCGGAGGAUGGGUUGCUUUUCAAAUCUCUAGCUCAGAUCAGUCCGCGGACGAAGACGCCUGUAAUUGCCACCCUCUCGUCUGGUGCAGUGGCAGCUAUAAUGGCGUUUCUGUUUGACCUGAAAGCUCUGGUAGACAUGAUGUCCAUUGGAACUCUCCUGGCCUAUUCCCUCGUGGCAGCGUGUGUUCUCAUCCUCCGGUACCAGCCUGGUAUAGGUUAUGAGAAACCUAAAUGUGUUCCUGCUAAAGAAAUGCUGUCUGCAUCAGAAAGAGAAUCAAUGGUGAAUGAUUCACAAAUCAUUAUGCUGCAGGAACAGGGAUCUCGCUUCCACUCUCUCCUGCAUCCUGCCAGCCUUCCUACAGAACAGUCUGCCUCUGCGGUCAGCCUCCUAGUGGGACUGCUGGCAAUAAUCAUUUGUGCACUAAGCAUCCUAACAACAUAUGCCAUUCCAGCAAUAAUUAAUGUGGAAGCAUGGAGCAUUGCCCUUCUCACGGUGUUCAUCAUACUCAUCAUCUUCAUUGUGUUAAUUAUCUGGAGACAACCUCAGAACCAGCAUAAAGUUGCUUUUAUGGUGCCACUCCUGCCUUUUCUGCCAGUUUUCAGUGUCCUGGUGAACGUUUACUUGAUGGUACAGCUAAGCGGGGACACCUGGAUAAGAUUUAGUAUUUGGAUGGCUCUUGGUUUGCUGAUUUACUUUGCUUAUGGCGUAAGAAAUAGCCUUGAAGGGAAAGCUAAAACACAUAAAGAAGAGGAGGAAGACGAGGACGAUGACUCUGACAACAGUGGCGUUGAGGAGAAAACAUCAGGGAAACAAAAUGAGGAGGAAAAUGCCAAAGAAAGUGAUCACUUUAUUUUACAUGAAAGGACAAGUGAAUGCUAGUGACAGGCAACUGCUUGAGAAGAUUUAAGCUGUAUCAGUACUGCGAGAAGUGCUGAGGUUUCGACAGAUUACACUAGGACAAAGCUCUGUUCUAUGGAUCUAUGCGUUCUCCUAAAAACAACCUCCUUUUACCUAGAUUUUCCAUAUCUCCUAACCAAAAGUAAGAGUUGUUUGGAGGUCUUGCUGCUAAACCGCUUUAAUUUGUAUCUAUAUGUCUUACUCUGCAACCGCUUGUCUGUGAUUGAAGAAAGGGUAAAAUGUAUGGCCUACCAGAGCCUGAAAUAGGAAAAUAAACCUAUUUUCUUAGCUUUAUAAAAAAUGGGCAGUAGGCCACAUUCCUGAAGCCCCUGAAAUAUAAAUAGUAGCUUAUAUAUUUUUUUUAUUAUCAUGCUAACUGGCCUGCCAGACAUUUCUCAGGAGAGUUUCUCAUAGACACAAUGUUACAUUGCAUUGCCACAAUGCAAUGUAACAUUGUAUGAAUAAAUCUAUUGUAUUUUGUACUUUGAGAAGAGUUACCAAGUACAUCUGUCUCGAUAGAGCACAUAUUAGAAGCUUUUAUACACAUUAUUUAAAUAUUUCUAUUGUGCCUUUUAAGCACCCUGUGGGCCAAUCUUUCAGCCCACAGACUCUGCAGCUUAGAGGGAUUUAGUAAUAUUUGUCUAACUUGGAUGGUUGUUAAUUCAUUACAUGAAACUGCUGUAAGAUGUUAACAAAUAGUAAUAUUUAAUAACUUACUGAAAAUAGAACAAUGUGUCAUAUCCUAUAGUAGCCAAUACUAUUUUCAUAAGUUUGACCUGAUAUACAGUAGACUUGUAGAAGCUGUUAUCUUAUUGGUUGCUAUGGCUUACCAUACAUUUGUACCAUAUGUUGCAUGUUAUUAAAUGAAUAUUAUAGUGACCACA